GGUACAUACACCCCCGGGAGACUGGUACAUACACCCCCGGGAGACAGGUACAUACACCCACACGGGAGACUGGGAGAUAGAUAUACACACACACCCACCCGGGAGACAGGUACAUACACCCAGCGCUGACUGGGGGGGGGGGAGAGAUACACACACCCGGUGGAGGGGAAGACAGAUAAAUAUAACUGGGAGGAAGAGAGAGAAAUAGAUAGAUAGGAGGGAAGCGGGGUGAGAGGGAGAGACAUCUGGAAGGAAGGAGAGAUAUUCAACCGGGUGUGGCGAGAAAGCGGAGUGCUGCUGGUUUUACAGAUCCCUCCCUCAUGGUGCUCCUCCGGGAGGGGAUUUGUCCUGGAGCCACCGCUCAACUCAUCCAGGCUUUGAGGGACCAGAAUGUAGUAACAGCCUCAGGAAGACUCUUGCCGCUCACAGGCCUGUUGAAGCAUAAACCCUGCACGGAGUGUUUUUGUAGAAGGACUGUCCCGCCUCAACUUGAAUUGCAACUUAACUCCCCACGCAAGCUGAAUCUCGCCAGCCUUUUAGCUCGCUGCAAUUCAGUUGGUGACAUUGUGCAGUUGGCAUCUGCAGAUAUUGAAGACCUGGCACAGAAAUGUUCUGUUUCCUACAAGACAUUGGUCGCUGUGAGGCGGGUGCUGCUUGCCCAGUAUUCCCCCUUCCCUUCCACUGGGGCAGAUCUCUAUGAGGAGCUGCUGGCUUCCACGGCCAUCUUGUCAACUGGUAACCGGAGCCUGGAUGCAUUCCUGGACUCGGGCCUUUACACUGGAGAGCUAACGGAGUUUGUCGGAGCACCAGGCAGCGGUAAGACACAGGUAUGCCUCAGCUUGGCGGUGAACAUAGUGUGUGAACUGAAGCAGAGAGUGCUCUACAUUGAUUCAACUGGGGGACUUAGUGCCUCUCACCUUCUGCAUCUGAUCCAAGAGCAGGUGACCAGCUUGGAAGGACAGAGUGAAGCGCUCCAGCGGAUUGAAGUGGUGCGUGUGUUUGAAGUGUACCGCCUGCUGGAUGUACUGCAGGACUUCAGGACAGGCUUCACACAUCAGGUGACUGGUGCUUGCUGCUCAGUGAAAGCUGUAGUGAUCGAUUCGGUCUCUGCUCUGCUCUCCUCCAUCUUGGGAGGUCAUCAACUCGAAGGUAUGUCUCUCAUGAUGCAACUUGCGAGGGAACUGAAGACAAUUGCCAGAGAACUGAAUGUUGCUGUAAUUGUGACCAAUAGUGUGGUCCAGGACUCUGGUGGUGGUGGUGGUGGAGUGAAGCCAGCUCUGGGACGCUCAUGGAGUUACGUUCCUAACGUUCGUGUCCUGCUCCAGCGUGGGACAGAAGGAGCUGCUGUGCAGCCAGCGAAGCGCACAGCAACUAUACUGAAGUCAUCUCGGCAGCCCACCAGAAUAAGCACAGAGUUUGACAUCACUUCCUGUGGAAUACUGACCACUCAAACUGCUUCCUCCCAGCAUUCUACUGGUGACCUUGACAACGCAGAUUAAAGCCUGGCUGGACUUUCUGUCAACAGAAGAGCUGUGUGUGAAUUUUGUUUUAUUGCAGUGAAUGUAUUUGAUGGCAUUGAUGAAGAUUGCGGAGGAGCAGUUACAUGGCAGUGCAUUGUCCAUGUGCAAAGCCCACUCUUUAUGUUGUGGCUGCUGUGUUAGAGUCAGCCUCCCUCCUUGUAGAGAGGUAGCAGGAUGGAGAGAUCUUGGAAAUUUUAACAGCCUGUACAGAAGCAGGUGCAUCAGACCCUUGGAUUUUGUUGUUUUCAGUUUAAGCUUUAUAGACUUGGCUAUGGAUGAAGUUGUGGUUUUCAAGGGGAUGUUAAACGGUGAAUGGCUGUGUAUGGUUGGCCAGAUGUCUUUAUGCAGCUACAACCAACAACUUGCAUUCAUUUAUGUAACUAGUGUGAGGUUCCAGUUUAAAGGCUGCGUCCUUUGCCCCAUCAUCCCAUCAUAGGGAGUUGGUGGGCAGUCUAAUCCUGGCACAUUUUUUGGAUAAAUAAAUGACCCUUGUGCACUAAAAAGGCGCUGUUGACAUUCAGUAACUGCACAAUCUGCCUUUCAAACCUUGGGAAUGGGUGGACUGGAACAUUGAACAGGCCAACUCCCCUGUAGCUGGAGCUGAAACCACAUUAGCAAUGCCAGUCAUACAGCACAGAAACAGCCAGUCCAUGCCAAACAUAAUCCCAAACUAAAGUAGUCCCACCUGCCUGCUCCU